CUGAAUAUAUUCUCAAGGCAUAGAAGCCCCCCAACUGUGGGACUUUGCAAGUGUUGUCUCGAAAAAUGGCCAAUAAUCUAUGGCUUUACCUGGUCUAUGCAUUGGGAUUGUUCUUGUUAGCCACCAAUGUAGUAGCAGCCAUUGACGAGCCUUAUUUUGUCCCACCUCCACCUCCUAACCAAAUAAGACAACCACCAACAACAGUCCCAAACCCACUACCACCAUUCGACAAUCAUAGGCAACCACCUCCACCAUCACCAUAUUACAAGAACUCUCCUCCACCACCACCAAGUCGUCGUAAAUCCCCAACACCUCCACCACCAUACUACAAUAAGUCUCCUCCUCCGCCACCACCUCCUCCAUCUCCUCCCCAACCCCGUUACAAGUCUCCACCACCACCUCUUCCAUCUCCUCCCCCACCUCGUAACAAAUCUCCACCACUACCACCUCAUCUAUCUCCUCCCCCACACCGUAACAAAUCUCCACCACCACCUCCCCCAUCUCCUUCCUCAACCAGUAACAAAUCUUCACUACCACCUACGCCAUCUCGUCCCCCACCCCGUAACAAGUCAUCACCACCACCUCCUCCAUCUCCUACUCCACCCCGUAACAAAUCUCCACCACCACCUCCUCCAUCUCCUACUACACCCCGUAACAAAUCUCCACCACCACCUCUGCUAUCUCCUCCCCCACCCCAUAACAGGUCUCCACCACCACCUCUUUCAUCUCCUCCCCCACCCCGUAACAAGUCUCCACCACCACCUCUGGCAUCUCCUCCCCCACCCAGUAACAAAUCUCCACCACCACCUCCUCCAUCUCCUCCCCCACCCCGUAACAAGUCUCCACCACCACCUCCGGCAUCUCCUCCCCCACCCAGUAACAAAUCUCCACCACCACCUCCUCCAUCUCCUCCCCCACCCCAUAACAAGUCUCCACCACCACCUCCUCCAUCUCCUCCCCCACCCCGUAACAAAUCUCCACCACCACCUACGGCAUCUCCUCCUCCACCCCGUAACAAAUCUCCACCACCACCACCUCCUCCAUCUCCUCCCCCACCCCAUAACAAAUCUCCACCACCACCUCCGACGUCUCCUCCCCCACCCAGUAACAAAACGCCGCCACCACCUCCUCCAUCUCCUCCCACACCCCUCAACAAGUCUCCACCACCACCUCCGCUAUCUCAUCCCCCACCCCGUAACAAGUCUCCACCACCACCUCCUCCAUCUCCUCCCCCACCUCGUACUUAAGACUACAAGUACCUAAGACCUCACAUCAUUUACUAAACAAUAAAUCACAACUUCUAUGAGAUUAUGUAAGUGUGUAACGGUCUUUGUUUCCCUUCCUUUUCUCAUCAUUUAAGUAUGAUAAUUUUUACCAUUUGGUUUUUUAGGCAUCUUAUAAACUAAUAAAAGAAUAAUUGUUGAUGAAAUACUCAGACUCUAUUAUCGAGCUUUGGUUUAUCAUUAUAACUCAAUGCCAAUUAUCAAGGCAACCGUUCAAGACAAUGGAGAUAUGAUAUGUCUGGCAGCUCUUGUGCAAUAUAUAAAUGUAUUUUAUUGACU